AUGCAAACUCCUCCUACAAACGUUGGCUCCCAGCCAUAUGCCACCAUGGCUGGGAAGCUCGAUCCCAGACUCCUUCAAGCCCUGGCAGUCAUGGACUUCCAGUUCAUGACCCCCGUUCAACAGCGUGUUCUGACUGAACUUCCAGAUUGGCGCAGUGAUUGUCUCGUCCAAGCCAAGACUGGCACCGGAAAAACUCUUGCCUUCCUACUGCCCGCGUUGCACUGCCUCCUCCAGGGAAAUAGUGCGCCACCCAGAGGCAAGGUCGCUAUUCUGAUUAUCACUCCCACCAGAGAACUUGCCCAGCAGAUUGCCAAAUCGUGUGACCAACUUACUUCACAACUGUCCAAGCCUCUCGAGUGUCAUAUUGCGGUUGGUGGAACAGCUCGCGCCUCCGCUCAUUCGCGCUUCAUGAAGGGAGCUCCGUCUGUUCUGGUAGCAACACCGGGCCGACUGAAGGAUUACCUGUCUGACGAAUUCACCGCCGAGAAGUUUUCCCACAUUCAAUCCCUUGUCUUGGAUGAAGCCGAUACUAUGCUCGAAGCUGGAUUCUUAGCCGAUGUGAAGCAGAUCCUUCGCCUUAUUCCAUCAAAGAAGACCGGCUGGCAAGGCAUGUGCUUCUCAGCCACUGUUCCACCCAAGGUCAAGGAAGUGGUCAACGUGGUGUUGAAGGAGGGCUACACUAGCAUUUCUACCAUUGAUAAGAACGAGUCACCAACGCACGAGAGAGUACCCCAGUACCACGUGGUGAUUCCAUCUGUGGCAGAGACCUUCACUACUCUUACUACUCUUAUCAAGCUCGAGAGUCAGAAGUGCUCCAAGAUCAUUGUUUUCGGCGUCACUGCCAACAUGGUCGCUCUAUGCGCCAAGGUCUUCUCUCAAGGCUUAACCCCUUUGAAUGUAUUUGAAAUUCACUCCCGUCUCAGCCAGAACAUCCGCACAAGAACCACUGCCCAGUUCAAAGAAGCGGCCACCGGAAUCAUGUUCGCCUCAGACGUCAUUGGCCGUGGUAUGGAUUUCCCCAACGUCGACUUGGUCAUUCAGGUUGGACUGCCCUCAAACGGCGAACAAUACGUUCACCGUGUUGGUCGUACAGCCCGUGCUGGCAAUGAUGGCCGCGCAAUCAUCCUCCUUACUCAAGCCGAGUCAUUCUUCAUGAAGGUCAACCGUCAUCUGCCCAUCAAGCCGCACCCCCAGACCGACGCAAUCCUUGCGGAGGCUCCCGCCUUCAAGCCCCUCGUCGACGCGGCCAUGUACCAGAUCGAUGAAGUCACAAAGCAACGUGCCUACUCAUCUUACAUUGGAUUCUUUGCUGGAUCAGGUCUUCUGAAGCAGCUUCGUCUCGAUAAGGCCGGUCUUGUCCAACUCGCCAACGAAAUGGCCAUUGAAGGUAUGGCUUGUCCCGAGGCUCCCCCUAUGGAUAAGAAGGUCGUUGGUAAGAUGGGUCUGAAGGGUGUCCCUGGAUUCAACUUCGGGAGCUUGAGUGAAUUGAAUGGAGACAGCUCCGGUGGUCCCCGUGGCCGUCCCAAUGGCCGUCCCAAUAACAAGAAACGCGAUGUUCUCAGCCCAGGCGGUGGUCAGAGACGAGGUGGGGUAGAGAAGAAUGGUGGCGGUGGAGGUGGAGGUGGUCGUGGCGGAGGCCGCGGGGGACGUGGAGGCCGCGGUGGUCGUGGCGGUCGUGGCAGAGGAGCAUAA